AUGGGAGGCUACGGGGCCGCCCCUACGCGCGCGGACGAGCGCACAUCCCUGAGCACCGGCCUCCGCCUUCCAUACCUCGCCGAAAGCCCUCUCCUCAUCCUCCUCGUCUGCAUCCUCGUCCUCCAAAACCUCGCCGUCGUCCCUCCCUUCGCCGACCUCGGCGGCGUCUCCAUGAAGGAGAAGGCCGAGCUCCGGCACCAGUGGGCGCUCGAGGUCGCCGACCACGGCCGCGCCGUCGCCCAGUGGGACCGGGAGCGCACCGCCCACGGCGUCGAGCUCGCGCAGUGGGAGUGGGACCGCGAGGCGUGGCGCAAGGAGGUCCAGGGCAACAGGGCGGCCGAGGCGCACCGCUCGAAGGAAGCCGCUGAGGAGUUUGAGCGUGGGCAGGAGGAGCGGCGCGCCCGGGAUGCCCGCGAGCGCGCCGAGGAGGAGCGCCGGCGCCAGGCGCUGCGUGAGGCGUUCCAGCGGGAGCGAGCGCAGGAAGAGCACGAGCGCAGGGCGGCCCGCGACAAGUUCAACAAGGAGUGGCAGGAAGAGGACCACAGGCGCCAGGCCGUGCGCGAGGCGUUCGAGCAGGACAAGGAGCAGUGGGCGAAAGAGCGCAAACAAGAAGAACAGCACCGACAGGACGUUGAACGGCAGCGGCUGGGCGUGUACUGGUCCCAGGUGCGGCGGUACGAGCAGUGCACGGCCUUCGGAACCAGGACGUAUGAAGCCGAACUCCUCGACAUACCUGGGCAUCUCGACUGGCGAGAGGUUUGUGAAGACAUGCCGAUUGAAUUCCACGGACGUCGUGUGAAUAGGCCCCCUCACUGUGAACGCAAUAAGGACGGUCGUGUGUGGGCGAUGUGGAAGAUCGAUUUUGAUGAGCCGGAGUGCACUCUCUAUUGGGCACCGCUUCUCGAUCUGGGAUGUACGGAUAGCGACACUGGAACCAGGCGAUAUGAGGCCAGACUCAUGAACCUUCGGCAUGGAGACGAUUGGGACGCGAUGUGCAAGACGGCCCCUGCAAUCAUUCAUGGAUUCCAGUUCGACCAUCCAACUGUCUGUGAAGACAAGGACGGGAGGACUGGUGUAUGGCAAGUGCCAGACCUUCGGUGCCAGCGCUAG